AUCACCAGUUAAGGUUGGGACCUGGUUGAUUUAUAACCUGUACAGUUACAUUUUGAUGAGCAUAGCUUAUAUCUGUCCUCAGUCACCAUCCAAUCUUAUAUUGCCUUGAUAAUCCACUUAGAGAAAACAUAUUUCAGCUUCUGGACCAGAAUUAGGGCUCAUCAUACCAAAUCAUCAUAGCUGAGGAAAAUGGUCAAGAAGUCUCUUGUUGCUGGGAUGCUGGUCUUGCUCGUGGCUGCAUUGGGCUUUUUCCUAGGAGUAUUUUUGGGGGUCAGGAAUAGAAGACUCAUCCCUUCCUCGAACCAUUUCUACUCCAAAGCGGCUGUGGCGGCAGACGCCGGGAAGUGUUCUGAGGUCGGAAGGGACAUUUUGAAGAGGAACGGAUCAGCGGUCGACGCUUCUAUUGCAGCUCUGUUGUGUGUCGGGCUGUUCAAUGCACACAGUAUGGGUAUCGGAGGAGGGCUGUUCUUCACCAUAUAUAAUGCAUCGACAGGAAAGGUGGAGACAAUUGAUGCCAGAGAAACUGCUCCCAUGAAUGCUACAGAGAACAUGUUUGGUAAUAACACUCAGCUUUCGCGGAAAGGAGGAUUGUCUAUAGCCAUACCAGGAGAAAUUCGGGGUUACGAGAUGGCACACAACAGACAUGGGAAACUGCCAUGGAGGGAAUUGUUUCAGCCCAGUAUAGCGUUGGCACGCAAUGGUUUCCCAGUCGGCAGGGCUUUGGCCAAUGCCAUUGCAAAUAACAAGGAAUCAAUUCUGGGGGAUGAGUCAAUGUGUGAAGUUUUUUGUGACAAAAACAAAAACCUCCUGAAGGAAAAUGAUAUUAUUCUUUUCCCCGCACUUGCUGACACCUAUGAGAAGAUAGCAGAAGAGGGGCCGGAUGUUUUUUACAAUGGGACAAUGGCCAAGAACAUAGCAGAUGAUAUCCAGGCUGCAGGAGGGAUCAUAACACUCGAGGACCUCAUGGAAUAUAAGGCAGUGCUGAAUGAGAGCCCGUUGAAAUUAAACGUGGGCGAGUACACCAUCUACGUUCCCGACGCUCCAUCCAGUGGACCUGUGCUUGCGCUCAUUCUCAACAUAGUGGAUGGGUACAACUUCUCAGACAGCAGUGUUUCCACAGCGGAGAAGAAAACUUUGACAUAUCAUCGAAUCGUAGAAGCGUUCCGCUUUGCUUACGCCAAGAGGAGUAAACUAGGAGAUCCGCGUUACCUCAACAUCACUGACCUCAUCCAAAACAUGACCUCCGACUACUUUGCAGACAACAUCAGGAGUAGGAUCACAGAUGACACCACUCAUCCGGACAUCUACUACGAUCCUGAGUACUUUGUACCCGAUGACUCUGGCACGGCUCAUGUGUCAGUCAUAGCGGAAGAUGGGAGCGCAGUGGCAGCCACCAGCACUAUCAACCUCUAUUUUGGCUCUAAAGUGAUGUCACGCUCAACUGGCAUUAUUUUUAAUGACGAGAUGGACGAUUUCAGCUCACCUUAUAUUACAAAUGGCUUUGGGAUUCCUCCUUCACCCAACAACUUCAUUCAGCCAGGUAAAAGACCCCUUUCCUCAAUGUGUCCCACGAUAAUAUUUGACAAACACAACAGAGUCAAAAUGGUGGUUGGGGCCUCAGGUGGGACGAAAAUCACCACGGCAACAGCCCUGGUGAUUCUGAACUCCCUCUUCUUCAACUAUGAUUUAAAGAAAGCCGUCACAGAGCCCAGAGUUCACAAUCAGCUUAACCCCAACAUGACUGUGGUGGAGCAGAACUUUGAGCAGAGCGUUCUUGAUGGUUUGGCUCAGAAGAAUCACAUUACAGAACUUCAGGUGACUCCAGGAGCAGUGGUCCAGGCGGUUGUGCGUCAAGGGGAUCAAAUCUGUGCUGAAUGUGACCCCAGAAAAGGCGGCUAUCCUGCAGGAUACUGAAUGUGCUUUUCACUAUUUGUGGACCUUUGGUGAUUCAGUCAAGAGGAACAUCAAAUAAGCAUAUUCAGAGAUGUAUUGCACACCUAUGAAUAGAAAGUUCACCAAAAGUGAAGACUCUUUAAUUAUUUUUUUACCAUCAUGCCAUUCCGAACUUUGCGGAAUACUAAAUUAUUUUUUGGAAAUGUAUUAAACACUAUAAGCAUACAGUAUGUAUAUGACUAUAUUCUAAACAUCAUAAAACAAGACCCAAUAUUAUGAAAAAAGUCACAGUCGGGUUUGGAAUUGGGGCAAAAGAUGACAGAUUGAUUAUUCCAUUUUUUGUAUGAACUAUAGUCAUUUAAUCUCAACGAUCAACAGACGACAAUGCACAAAUACUCCAUGUAUUUAUUAAAAAAUAUAUAUUUUUAAUGUGAAGAAUGUUUGUUUCACAUAGGCAUUAAUAGUGCCUAUUUCUUACUAAAUGGUACUAAAGUGUCCAUUAUUUUACCAGCCUUAUUUAUUGCUUUUGUGUGUAGAGACGAUGUGAAAUUGACUACUGUAAGUGUAUAUAGAGGAUAUUGGGUACCUGUAUUAUAUCAGUUUUCAUUGUACAGGUUUUUUAUUGUAUAAUAAUGUUUACACGGUCAUUUAUUAAGGCCCUUCCAAAACAAUGUGUAAGUUCAUAUAGAAAAUGCCCAACAGCCACAGGUUUAGUUUUUAUGUAUAUAAUACUUGAAUAACAUUAUAUUGAUGUAGUGGGGCUGUACUUUUCUCAUGGCAGGUAUGUAAAAGAAAAAUGUGUAGAACAUUCUGUUAUAUUUCUAUCAAGGUUAAUGUUUCACUGAUAUGUAUAUAAAGAUGUCAAUAAAGAAAAAUACUGUA